CACCGACAGACUGUCAGAAAUGUCAGUUUUCUGUUUCACUUGCCAAAGUCAGAGCACUUCUAAUUAUGCAAAACAAUGCGUCACAAAACAAUGCACAUGAAAAUGCAUUUAAGUCCUUCAAAGCUUUUGUAAAUAGAUCCAAAACACAAUGUUCAUCCUUUAAACUUGUUUUUACUGUAAGCGUGUCAUUACUUCAACCAUUUGGACACAAUGCUUAUGUUAUUGCUGCUUCUGUUGUAUUAAAUGCAUUUUAACCUAAUCAGACACACAUUUUUGAGUGAUGUGUUGGGUUGUGUCCAUGUAUGUGUUUGUCUGAGGAGGAGCACAGAUUGAAUCCUCUUAAUCAGGUAAUCUGCGCACCCAUCUGCUCUUUCAAACAUCCACCAGGUCCACUAUUCACCAAUGUGCCACUUCCAUCGAAGGUGAAGGCAAGACGUAUCCACUGACAGAGAUCACUAUAAUUUGCUGUGGAUUUGCAGAGAAAACGGAGAGCUCCUCCUCAGUUUCUCCAGACCAUGCUGCUGUCUCCUCAGGCUGAGAGGAACUGGGAGAGUCUUUGUUCGGUGCUUGAAGAUGUGCUGGAGGAUCAGUCCCACCGACAGCUGUUUGCCUUGGAGCUGGGUUCUGGAACGGGGCAGCAUGUCAUACGGUUUGCCCAGAAGAUGCCCUUUGUGACCUGGCAGCCAUCAGAUAUCGAGGAGGCGUCGAGAGAAAGCAUCAAAGCGUAUAUUGCUGCGACCCACAUACAAACAGUGCUGCAGCCUGUACAUCUGGAUGCAAGCGAACCAUGGGAGAAAUGGGCGGGACUUUCCAAAAACUCCUGUGACAUCAUUAUUGCCAUCAAUUUACUGCAGUACAGCUCGUUCAAAACAGCACAGGGGGUCAUCAAUGGAGCAGGAAAAAUCCUAAAACCAAAUGGGCUUUUCAUAACCUAUGGGGUGUAUGCUGUUAACGGCAUAAUCACACCAAGCCGUAAUGAACAGUUAGAUGCAGAAAUUCGGAAACUAAAUCCAGAGUGGGGUCUUCCAGAUAUUGAUGUGCUGAGACAGCACGCGUUUGGGAACGGACUGCGUCUGGAGAGGAUGGUUGAAAUGGAAGAUUACUACAAAUGUCUGAUUUUCAGAAAGCUAUAAGGUUUAAAGGCUGUUGGAUUUUUUUUUUAAUGUACAGGUUUUUUCUGAUUUUGCUGUUGAAAAAAUUCCAAUAACUGGCAGAAAAGGGUUAUAUAAUCUAAAGUCUAAUCUGUACUUAUAAAUUCUUUACACACAUGAAAGUUUAAAUCCCUUUGAUUUACAAAUUAAAAACCGUCGUUUCAUGGAUUUGAAUAGAAUCAUUUUCUGCUACUUCCUGUGUCUUCUACGUGAAAUGCAAAAAAAAAAUAAUAAUAAAAAGGAGCCGCAUGACAGUAAGAACUUGAUGUUUAUUAAAUAUAAUUUUAAAAUUAAAGUCAGUAAGUCAGAACAAGGAAGUCCACAGUUGGGAAUGGAAGUUACAGAAAGCACAGUCGGAAAGUUUGACGCAAACAUGCAGCAACACCUCUCAAUAGUCAAAUAUACUGGAUGAGCACUCAGCCGUUCUUCCAAUGCGGGACAUCAACCCAGUGGAUGGAGGAUCCAGCAACUGGAGGCUCUGUGCUGCCUUUAGCCUUAGAAAGGGGCUUUAUAUUUGGUAACAUGUUAUUCAAGUUCAGGAAUUAAGUUUUAUUUUAAGAUUUCUGAACUGAAAGAUUUCUCAUUUAUAGUAGCUGUUCAUUUUUGAUUAUUACUUUUUGUUACGGGGUAAUUACUAGAGGUUAGGCAGCAUUGUUUUCAUUGUAGAAUCCCUUUCAUGUGUUGUGAAGAACCUACAUU